AUGAGAAACUUGACACAUGGUAAGAUAGAGCUGCCAGCUGCUAGCAAUCAAGUCUAUUUUGAAGUAAGGGAUACAGCGACUCCCAGGGCCAAAGCAGUAACCAGUCCUGCCCCUACAGCACCACACUACCCCUACAGUCACCACACUACCCCUACAGCACCACACUACCCAUACAGCCACCACACUACCCCUACAGCACCACACUACCCCUACAGCACCACACUACCCCUACAGCACCACACUACCCCUACAGCACCACACUACCCCUACAGCACCACACUACCCCUACAGUCUCCACACUACCCCUACAGAACCACACUACCCCUACAUUCACCACACUACCCCUACAGUCACCACACUACCACUACAUUCACCAUACUACCCCUACAUUCACCACACUACCCCUACAGCACCACACUACCCUUACAGCACCACACUACCCCUACAGCACCACACUACCCCUACAGCACCACACUACCCCUACAGCACCACACUACCCCUACAACCCCCAUACAGCACCACUACCUCUACAGUCCCCACACUACCCCUACAACCCCCACACUACCUCUACAGUCCCCACACUACCCCUACAGCCCCCCCCUAUACUACACUCCCCUACAGUCCCCACACUACCCCAACCCCCAACCCCCACCCACACUACCUCUACAGUCCCCACACUACCCCCCCACUACAGCCCCCACACUACCCCUACAGCACCACACUACCCCCAUACAGCACCACACUACCCCUACAACCCCAUACAAUCCCCAUACUACCUCUACAGUCCCCACACUACCCCUACAACCCCCACUACACUACCUCUACAGUCCCCACACUACCGCUACAACCCCCACACUACCUCUACAGUCCCCACACUACCCUACAGUCCCCACACUACCCCCCCUACAACCCCCAUACUACCUCUACAGUCCCCACACUACCCCUACAACCCCCACACUACCUCUACAGUCCCCACACUACCCCUACAACCCCCAUACUACCUCUACAGUCCCCACACUACCCCUACAGCACCCACUACCCCUACAGCACCACACUACCCCUACAACCCCCAUACUACCUCUACAGUCCCCACACUACCCCUCCCCACAACCCCCACACUACCUCUACAGUCCCCACACUACCCCCCACACUACUACAACCCCCACACUACCUCUACAGUCCCCACACUACCCCUACAACCCCCACACUACCUCUACAGUCCCCACACUACCCCCACAACCCCCAUACUACCUCUACAGUCCCCACACUACCCCUACCCCCCACAACCCCCCCCUACACUACCUCUACAGUCCCCACACUACCCCUACAGCCCCCACACUACCUCUACAGUCCCCACACUACCCCUACAGCACCACACUACCUCUACAGUCCCCACACUACCCCUACAACCCCCAUACUACCUCUACAGUCCCCACACUACCCCUACAACCCCCACACUACCUCUACAGUCCCCACACUACCGCUACAACCCCCACACUACCUCUACAGUCCCCACAUUACCCCUACAGCACCACACUACCUCUACAGUCCCCACACUACCCCUACAACCCCCAUACUACCUCUACAGUCCCCACACUACCCCUACAACCCCCAUACUACCUCUACAGUCCCCACCCCACACUACCCCUACAACCCCCCCCCAUACUACCUCUACAGUCCCCACACUACCCCUACAACACCACACUACCUCUACAGUCCCCACACUACCCCUACAGCACCACAUUACCCCUAGAGUCCCCACAUUACCCCUACAACUGGUGUUAUAGAAUAACAGAGAGCAAGGAGAGGGCAGUUCAAAUACAACUGGUGUUACAGAAUAACAGAGAAUGA